UUGCAACACAUGCCAAUACGGCCCUUUUAUUUUACUAAAUUACAAUUUUAAAUUUCGUCCUGGAAACGUCGUGAAAUGAUGACGUGUACGCAAUACGUCACAGGUUUUUAUGAAGUGUGAGCGCUGCACACACACACAGUUAAAAGUCGUCUGCUUUAACGGCAUAAUUACACAGUAUUUUGGAUAUUUGUGUUGCUGAAUCUUUUGCAAUUUGUUCAAUUAAUAUUGGAGAAGUCACAGUAGAAAGAUGGAGUUGGGAAGCUUUAGCCUUUAGCCACACAAACACAUGGUGAUUCCUUGUCUAAAAUUCCUGGAUGUGAAACUUUACUAUGGAUCAGAGCGCAGUCAAGCGAACAUGAAUCAAGACGGAAUGUCAACCAGCAGGUUUCGCUGCCAUCGACUCCCCUGAGACACUGCGCGUCAAGACACCCGUGGAUACACCCUUCCGACUAUCAGUCUUGAGUAUCAGCAGGUGACAACAUGUUGCUGUAUGUGUUGGUCCUCAUGGCGUAUCGCAGCAGCAGAUGGAUGCCCAGGAAGCAGAGACUCAACUUCCAAAUAAUCAACGUGCUGUUCACAGCCCUCGUGGUGGUCCCUCAGCUGUACGUCAUCGCCAGGCCCAAAUCGUCAAGAUACUGCAAGCAGCCUUUAGUGAACAACAUGUCAGCGUCCAUCGCCUUGUCCCUCAUCGCAUCAGGGUUUUCGGUGGUCUUCACCCUAACCGAGACAGUUCCUCAGGGCUUGUGGGCGUCCUUCCAGGUGUUUGGAUUGCUUUCCUUGGGACACACAGUGUGCAGCGCCAUCUUGACACUGACUGCGUCCGCAUGCGCCGCAACCACACCCGAGCUGUACCACCUGUCUCUGUUCCUUUCGCUGGCUUCCAUUCUGAGCACAGGUGCACUUGUGGUCAAAGGAGUCCUGUGGUUGACAGAAGGCAGGAACAAGUCAAAAGAGUCCAGCUGCCAUCCAAUCUGCUCACAUAAAUAUUUCAUGUGGCAGCAGGUAACUCAAAACUACGGCAAUGAAAGUCACUUUUAAGCCUUGACUGGACCAAAAGCAGGUGUUUUCUUUGGAUCCAUUCUGGGUGUAAGAGCUCACAGGAAGUUAUUGGCGAUGUAACAAGUCUUGUAUGGAUGCUAAAAGAAGGAAUGUUCCGCUGACCACGUCAAAGAUAAUGAGGCAUAUUAAUAAUAUUAAGUUAUUGCAUCAAACAGCUUUGAGUGUAUGGAUAACAAAAAAAAGCUGGGAAACAAUAACCAGAUCACUUCAGAGAAAAGUUGUCAGAUUUCAACAGAAGGAAAGUAAAAUAUUAAAAGCAACAAGAGCAGUUUUCAAAGACAAAAAUACAAAAUUACCUUCUAUAAAAUAUCAUAUGAUUAUUUAAAUCUCACAUAUUUUGCAUAUCUUAUUUUCUUAAAAAUAAAAAAAUUGUAGUUUUCACCAAGGCCCCUUGGGAAAAUCUGGAAUAUUCCACAUGUCACAUCACCCUCAGAAAGUUACUUCAUUUACAUCCCAUGAAGUGGGUCUGCUUUAUUUUUAUUCCAUCAUAAUGCUGUUGUGAAGGUGGUUAUAAUCACAGCACAACAUUGUAUUGUUCAUGUUUAUUGUGUCAACAUGCUUUUAUGUCACGUGGUUAUUAUACGUCUUAUUUCAUCCAUGCUAAAACUCUUGCUCUGCUUAGGAAGCUUGUGCAACAAUUGAACAAAGUUUCCUGGUAUCCAUAUCAGGAAACCUGAUUUACACAUUUCAAUAUUAAAAUUUGUAUAUCCACACAUUUACAGAAAGUUUAUUUUGGCACUGCUUUGGUGGAAUGAACCUCAGAGCACAAUUGAUUAUGUUUUUAAUAAUAAGUCAACAUUUUUUAUUUUAUUUCCGGUACCAAAGGGUGCAUAAAGUGCAUUACUGUCCUCAACUGCAGAAUACAAAAGUAUUGUAGUAGUGUCUGCAUUAAGCAUCGGGUUAUGGAUAUUAUGCUUAACAGCUGAGGCUGUAGACAAUCUGCAGAUGUAAUUUUAGAAAGUAAAUAUCCCAAGGUGGCAGCAGCUGCUUUUGAAGUUUCAUGAGUAGUCGGUAUCAAGCAGCUUUAUCUAGCGCUGUGCAAGUUUAAAACAUUUAAUUACUAUCAACUCAUCAGCGCUGUUAUUGAUGACUCAACAGUUUGCUUUUAUUGUUCUUCUAGCAUUGAUUGUGUUGUACGACACAAUUGUUCAUAAAUCACCAAGUGAUCACACACACACACUUUCUCAAGCACUGCGGACCAUUAUAUAAGAUAGAAAUAUAUUUUGUAAAUUUAACUGCAUAAAUAUUUUAUCCACACUCUUUGAAUCAAUGGUUCCUCUUUGCCUUCUUAUUAUUUGUAAAGCACUUUAAAUUGUUGUGUGUAAUAGUUGUGUUCUAUAAAUAAUUUUGCCUUGCCGUUUGUACAUUUUGGAAAUAAUCAUUUAGAUCAGUGGUUCUCAACCUUUUUUCAGUGAUGUAUCCCCUGUGAAAAAUUUUUUGAUUCAAGUACCCCCUAAUCAGAGCAAAGCAUUUUUGGUUGAAAAAAAGAGAUAAAGAAGUAAAAUACAGCACUAUGUCAUCACUUUCUGAUUUAUUAAAUUGUAUAACAGUGCAAAAUAUUGCUCAUUUGUAGUGGUCUUUCUUGAACUAUUGGAAAAAAAGAUCUAAAAAUAACUAAAAACUUGUUGAAAAAUAAACAAGUGAUUCAAUUAUAAAUAAAGAUGUCUACACAUAGAAGUAAUCAUCAACUUAAAGUGCCCUCUUUGGGGAUCGUAAUAGAGAUCCAUCUGGAUUCAUGAACUUAAUUCUUAACAUUUCUUCACAAAAAAAAAGAAAUCUUUAACAUCAAUAAUUAUGGAACAUGUCCACAAAAAAUCUAGCUGUCAACACUGAAUAUUGCAUUGUUGCAUUACUUUUCACAGUUUAUGAACUUACAUUCAUGUUUUGUUGAAGUAUUAUUCAAUAAAUAUAUUGAUAAAGGAUUUUUGAAUUGCUGCUGUUUUUAGAAUAUUUAAAAAAAAUCUCACGUACCCCUUGGCAUACCUUCAAGUACCCCCAGGGGUACACAUACCCCCAUUUGAGAACCACUGAUUUAGAUAGCCUCACUUUGAAAACACUGAAUCGUGACACAUUUGACAUAACAUUCAUUCAUUUUAAGUUUUGUAGGUGAAAAUCUUUCAUAUAUUGUUCUAAGUUAACAUUGCUGAUCAAUUUGAGUGAUAGUUUAUUGAGAUAACAAAAUUUCAUUUUUCAGUUUCACAUGGUUGAACUCGGUCAAAAAAUGUUUAGUUUGAAAAAUGAUAAAAACAUGUCAUUUUUGGCAAACUGGUGCACCAUAAAUCUUUUCUGACGGACUAAAAACAAUGGAAAUAAAGUUUGUUCUUUGCUCUAA